CCUGCUGCUGCCGGGUUACAGGGCCAGGCUCCGGGUAUCACAUGCUGAUGAGAGGACUGUAGGAGAGCUGAACUUGGCAGAAAUGUCACGCUGUUUUGUCUCAUAGCCACGCUGUUUUGUCUCAUAGCCCUAACUACUUUCUGUCUUACCUCUUUCUCAGGACUCCCAUGAUCGCCGGCGGCCUCUUUGUCAUGGACAAGGACUACUUUGAGUUGCUGGGGAAGUAUGACAUGAUGAUGGAUGUGUGGGGUGGAGAGAAUCUAGGUAAGAGGACACAGAACACUAGGAAAGCUUGAGCUUGUUUGUCAUUGUGUGGGAAUGGGACGAUAUCUAUAUGUCAAUAUUAUAUGAGCCCAUUUUCUGAUUGAAACCGUACUGACGUUGAAGGUGCCAACCGUGAGAAGUUCUAGCACAAUGAAUUGUCACUCUAAAACCUUGCCCUAAACCGUUAUAAUAAUGUGUGUGUUUUGUAUUUGUCUUUGGACAUUGCAGAGAUCUCUUUCCGCGUGUGGCAGUGUGGCGGCAGUCUAGAGAUCAUUCCCUGCAGUCGAGUGGGACACGUCUUCAGGAAGCAGCAUCCAUAUACCUUCCCUGGGGGCAGUGGCACCGUGUUUGCUAGGUGACUAUUGAUUGUCCCUGUGAUGUAUGAAAAUGUAUGCACUCGCUAACUGUAAGUCGCUCUGGAUAAGAGCGUCUGCUAAAUGACUAAAAUGUAAAGGAUGUGAGGUAGACUUGGCUAAAGUCUGCCCUCUUGUGGUCCACUGGGUACUAACUUCUUCUACAUACUGUCACAUAACCAACUAGAGUGACUGUACAUUAGGGUUUGUAAUUAGAGCCAUAAUAAAGGCCCACUGUACCGGCUAACAACUGGCAAUUGAGUUUACUCACUAACCCUACAGUAACUUUAACUUUACCCACAUUUUCCCCUAACUUUACUUUUCUCAAAGACCCAAUGAAAUCCAAGCUGAGGCAGUGGGACGAAUACCUGCUAGUAGCCUGCAGAGAAGGCCUGUUUCAUUCCUCUGAAAUUCACAUCAUAAUACCGCUGUUCAAAGUCUAGCUGAGCUGCAGUCAUUCAAAUAGAGGCUCAAUCAGAACAGAGGCCUCAGCUCUGCUCUCGUCCUGGCUUCACCCCUGCAGUGUCAACACUGUUCCAGCACGCAUGGCAUCUGGGUGAUUCAUGGAUGAGAGAAGUGAACACUCCCUCACUGCCCGUCUGUCACGCAGCACUGAAAACCCCACAGAUUGCCAAGUCUUAGGAUGUGUGCUCAUAUCUCAAAAUAGCUUUGAGGACUGUCACACUCGUGUUUUCUGAAGCUUGAACCGCCUCCUCACUUUCUCUUGCCCUGUUCAUAUUUUUAACAGACAUCCUUCCUUCCAUUGAAUAAAUAACAUAUGAUCAAUUGAAAAGGUGCAAGCAGGGGUUCUAUAACAUUGCCUGUAGUUUUUGAAAUCAGUGAUUAUUUACAGGACUGGAAGAAGGACCAGGAAGGAUACAUUUUGUAAGUAUUCUAACAUGGUGUGUAUCUGUAUGUCUACAGGAACACGAGGCGAGCAGCAGAGGUGUGGAUGGACGAGUUUAAGAACUUCUACUACGCCGCUGUGCCCUCGGCCCGAAACGUGCCCUAUGGCAAGUAAGUAUCCUUUCAGACACCCAUCUUCCUGUGCCCUAUGGCAAGUAAGUAUCCUUUCAGACACCCUUCUUCCUGUGCCCUACGGCAAGUAAGUAUCCUUUCAGACACCCUUCUUCCUGUGCCCUACGGCAAGUAAGUAUCCUUUCAGACACCCUUCUUCCUGUGCCCUACGGCAAGUAAGUAUCCUUUCAGACACCCCUCUUCCUGUGCCCUACGGCAAGUAAGUAUCCUUUCAGACACCCUUCUUCCUGUGCCCUACGGCAAGUAAGUAUCCUUUCAGACACCCUUCUUUCUGUGCCCUAUGGCAAGUAAGUAUCCUUUCAGACACCCUUCUUUCUGUGCCCUACGGCAAGUAAGUAUCCUUUCAGACAACCUUCUUCCAAGAUGGCAUCGCAGAUCGCCCUGCUGUCCUUGUAUAGAAUAUCAAAACACAUUUCCCUUUUUCUAACACAUACAGAAGGUCAGAUGGUACACCCUGAGCUGAGUUCUAAUAUGAUGUACUCUGUGCUUUGAUGUAGUGAUCUCAGUUGCCUCCAGAUGUCAUGCUGCGGUCUGUCUCUCUGAGAUGGCUGGUAGUUAGAUGAGUCAUGGUUUCCUCUCUGUCUGGCAGCAUUCAGAGCAGAAUGGAGAUGAAGAAGAGGCUGGGCUGCCAGCCAUUCAAGUGGUACCUGGAGAACGUGUACCCCGAGCUGCGGUGAGUAGAGAGGCAGCACCGCCACAGUGGACCAGCAAGAUACUGCUUUGAAAAUGGCCAAAACAUAAAGACAUAGCUGUUGACUGUUUCCCCUACCAUUAUAUAGGCGGAACAUACUUUGGGGGCCUUUGCGUGACACUUGGAAAUUCAACUAGGGGAAAUACUGUGGUGCUGGCAUAUACUCACGUCUUGUGAUUUGACUUGUGGUGUUUGUCUGGCCCUUCAGGGUCCCUGACCAUCAGGACAUUGCCUUCGGAGCUCUGCAGCAGGGAGGGAACUGCUUAGACACGCUGGGACACUUUGCAGACGGAGUUGUGGGGGUCUAUGAAUGCCACAACGCUGGGGGAAAUCAGGUACCAUUCAGGGCUCAGGUACUGCUCAGAUCCAUUACACAUAACCAAGCUGUGCACUGGGCUGGGUAACACACACUGAGGUGGGUUUACUUUGGUCAGGUUCUGGACUGGCCAGUCAACCAUUUUUGGUUCUGGACAGUCAACUAUCAGAUUCUGGACUGGAUAGUCAACUAUCAGGUUCUGGACUACUUUGAUUGGGGGUGUCUGAUUCAUACUGAUGAAAUCCAUUUUGAUGUCCCACUUCCCACAAUAUAUUGAUUAUAUUACUGAGCUGGAGGAAGAGAUUCUGGGAGAGUCAAGCCCCUGUUGGUCUAUAUAGGUGUGAUUUAUAACAGACAACAUGCAAACACCACAUAUUCACACUUGACAAAGACACACACAUAAUAAAUAGAUCUGCAUAGUCAUUCAGAGGACUACCCUAAACUGUGCAAAUGUAGCAAAUUGACUGUGUCCCCCUCUUGGUCCUCAGGAAUGGGCGCUGACCAAGGACAAGUCAGUAAAGCACAUGGACCUUUGUCUGACGGUGGUGGACCGCAUCGCAGGCUCACAAAUCAAACUGCAGGGCUGCAGGGAAAACGACAGCAGACAAGUGAGCGAGACGAGCACCGAGUCAUGCACCAAGGAUCAGAUCAAUCAGAAAGCACUAGUAGUAAAUUAAAGAGACUGGAUUGGGAUGAUCCCUUUGGAUUUAAACUCACCAUCAAUAGAAACCAUUAGUGAUCAUAGGAUUAUUACAUAAAAACCUGUGACUGAUUUGUGCACCCUUGUUUCCUCCGUCUCCCAACCCCUCCCUGACCCCACCUCAUGUGUCUCCAGAAAUGGGAGCAGAUCGAGAGCAACUCCAAGCUGCGGCACAUGGGCAGCAACCUGUGCCUGGACAGCCGCAGUGCACGCACUGGGGGGCUGACAGUGGAGGUGUGCAGCUCCAACCUCAACCAGCAGUGGAAGUUCACCCUCAACCUCCAGCCCUAG